GUUUCAUAGUUGAGGGAGCCCAUGGAUUGGAGAUUGCUGAUAACGUCGUCGUUUAGGGUGCGUCGUCGUCUUCCGGAUGGGUGAUUCAGGGUUUUAGCUAAAUCCCCACAAACUCAACAUUUCGCUGUGCUCAUUGCUUCUUCAUUUCUUAUGAAUACCCACUUCACGAAUGGAGCUUCUCUCUCCCAUUUCUUCUUCUCGCUCUCCUAUCAUUAGUAAUGGCUCUUCACUCUUCUCUCCCAGAUUUUCAUUUCCCAAUUCGAGUAAGAAAAACUCAUUCAAAAUUCAAGCACCCUGCUCCAGAAUUUGUAGAUACCCAAGUUUUAAUCUUCCAAGAUGUCGAAGGAAUUUUUUGGUGGUUUUCGCUAAUUUUUCUCGUCCGACCAGACGCAGCAACUCGCUGAGGAAGAAACUCACUCAGGAACAACAGGUACGCCGAAUUCAUAUUCCCAGCAAUCCAAAUUCUGAUUUUCAAUUGCCUGAACGAACUUCUGAACAUAGUGAGAGUUCCGGUGGUGUUGGUAUUGAUGUUAGUGAUACUUCUGUUGAGACGAGACCAAAAGGUUUAGGUGAAUCUGUGUUGUGGAAUAGAUUGGAAAAUUGGGUUGAUCAGUAUAAGAAAGAUAUUGAGUUUUGGGGGAUUGGUUCUGGCCCUAUAUUUACGGUAUUUCAAGAUUCAAAUGGGAAUGUCAAAUCGGUUUCUAUCAAUGAGGACGAAAUUUUAAAGAGAUGCCAAGUUGAGCGAAUGGAUUUGGACGACCCAAAGGGAGUGAACUAUAAAAUCUCAACUGCGAAAACGAUUGCUAGAGAAAUUGAGAAUGGGAAGGAUGUGCUUCCAAGGAAUAGUUCAGUCGCCAAAUUCGUAAUUCAAGGAGAUGACGAGUCUAGUUUUCUGAAGGCUGCCCAGGGUUUCAGUUUUAGGCCUGAGGUUCUCUCCAAGUUCUCUGGAGUUGGGGGCUUAAUUCUUUGUAGUUUUCUCCUACUUUUUUCUUUGAAGAAGUUGUUCGCUUUCAGAAAGGAGGAGGUUGAAUAUACUGAAUUGGAGAAAGAAAUGAUGAGGAGAAAGAUCAAAUCUAGAAAGGAGAAAGAGGUGCUGGACAAUGGAAGAGUUGAAAUUAUUCAAGUACGUGCUGAGCCACCCAAGGUCUCAGUUGAAAAGCCCAGGUUAGAUAAACAAGAACUUAUGCGUACUAUAGCAAAAGAAAAAUCAAAAGUACCCAUUACCAAACUAGUUUUAGGAGAGUCUACUGGCAAUCUGAAUUCAAGUGUUGCAGAUUUGAGUAACAAAAUUCAGGAAAUAAGAGACAUGGCCCGUGAUGUGCGGGAAAUGGAGGCAAAAGAAGACCCAUUGUCUUUCUCCGAUGAAAAUAAUCUCUCGUCUGUGAAUGGAAGCUUGCCCAACGAAGAUGAGAUCAUUGAGCCUAUGGAUGAGGGUUCUUGUUUUCUGUCUGAUAAUUCAAGACACAAUAAACACGUUCUUGAAGAUGUUGAGAGUGGUUUGCUUCACAAUGUAGCUUCAGUAGAGACGAAGGAUUUGCAAGUCUCAAGCAAUUCAAACAUGGAAGUGCCACAUGGUGGGAAUAGCACCACAUGGGAUGUUAAAGAUUGCAAGACUUCAUUAGGAAUCAUGGAUACAACGGAAUCUGACACUUCCUGCAAGACCAAUAAACUAGAAACAGAUUCGGAACAAAAGAAACUAAAGAUCAUAAGAUCAGUGAAGGAAGCUAGGGAGUAUCUCUCUGAAAGACAUCAAAAACAAAAGCCUGAUGAGAAAAUUCAUGGCCGAACUACCCAAGAAUUUUCUGCUGCUCCAAGGCUGCCAAAUGACAAUGUAUUGGAAACCGAGACAAACAAGAAAGCAGACUCAGAGAACAUAGCGUUCAAAUCUUCCUUUUCAUUUGGGGCGUCAGAUUCUUCACCUUUGGUUAGUGGCAAUGUUGAUUCUGCACUUGGAGAUAAAAAUUCCAUCUCAGUCAAUGACGACUGCUCUAAAAGUUCCGCGGAAGGAUACUCAGUAGGUGGCAGUGUAAAUCUUCACAAGUCCUUGAAUAGUGACUCUAAUGAUAGUGAUACAGAUACUAUGCCGCACGGUGAAACGAAAAACUGGAUAGAAGAUAAUUUUGAUGAACUUGAGCCUUUUAUUAGGAAGAUCGGAGUUGGCUUUAGAGAUAACUAUAUGGCUGCUAGAGAAAAAGCUGCACGCCUAUCUGAUGCCAAUUCUACAUUAGCACAACUUCAGUAUGAAAACGACAAUGACGAGGAGCUUGAGUGGAUGAAAGAUGAAAACCUUAGAGAUAUUGUUUUUAAGGUUAGAGAAAAUGAAUUGGCAAAUCGAGAUCCAUUCUAUUCAAUGGAUCCUGAGGACAAGGUUAAAUUCUUCAAUGGUCUUGAGAAGAAAAUUGAGAGACAGAACGAAAAGCUGUUGAAGGUGCAUGAGUGGCUCCACUCCAACAUUGAAAAUCUUGACUAUGGAGCAGAUGGCAUCAGUAUAUACGAUCCACCUGAAAAAAUCAUUCCACGUUGGAAGGGUCCUCUUUUUGAAAAGAGCCCUGAAUUCUUCAAUGAUUACCUGGAGCAAAGAAAGGCAAUUUUUGAUCGGAAAGCUGGUCUGCCUCUUUCUAUGAAUAUAGAUGAGCAGAGCUCCUCGAACCCUAAUGGUAGUGUUGAGAAUAUCGAUGAUCCCAAUAUGGCAAUUCAUAAUCAAGAAAGGAAAAAAUCUAUGACAAUUAUAGAAAGUAGUGAUGGAUCCACCAGACCUGGUAAAAAAUCAGGGAAGGAGUUUUGGCAACACACAAAGAAAUGGUCCCGGGGAUUUUUGGAAUCUUAUAAUGCAGAGACAGAUCCAGAAGUGAAAUCUGUUAUGAAGGAUAUUGGAAAAGAUCUAGAUCGGUGGAUUACUGAGAAAGAAGUGCAAGAAGCUGCUGAUUUGAUGGACAAGUUACCUGAGAAAAAUAAAAAAUUCGUGGAAAAGAAAUUGAACAAGCUCAAAAGAGAGAUGGAAAUGUUUGGACCACAGGCUGUAGUAAGCAAGUACCGUGAGUACGCUGAAGAUGAGGAAGAAGAUUAUUUGUGGUGGUUAGAUCUUCGUCAUGUACUUUGCAUUGAAUUAUAUACGAUGGAAGAUGAGAAGCAGAGAAUAGGAUUCUAUUCCUUGGAGAUGGCUGCAGAUCUUGAACUUGAGCCGAAGCCAUGCCAUGUAAUUGCUUUUGAGAAUGCUAGUGAUUGCAAAAACUUUUGCUAUAUCAUUCAAUCUCAUAUGGAAAUGUUGGGGACUGGCAUUGCAUUUGUUGUUGCACUUCCGCCUAAGGAUGCAUUUCGGGAAGCCAAAGCAAAUGGUUUUGGAGUUACUGUCAUUAGAAAAGGGGAGCUUCAGCUCAAUGUGGAUCAAACACUGGAAGAAGUGGAAGAGCAAAUCACUGAAAUCGGUAGCAAAAUGUACCAAGACAAGAUCAUGAAGGAUCGUUCUGUGGAUAUUAGCUCUUUGAUGAAAGGUGUAUUUGGUUUGACACCAAGGAGGGGAAGGUCAAAACGAAAGUUAAAGAAACUAAAGGAAAAGUGAUUAGAUAGAAGUUGUCAUUCCUGCCUAUGGACGACUGUGUGAGGAUGCCAGGGGUUUAAAUGGUAUCCUGAGCAGCAUCUGGGGUCGAAAAAUCUCCUGACCCACCCCUGAUCAACAUGCUGAAUUUGUUAUGGUUCAGUCUUGUUUUAUUUCUGCCCCGGUGUAAAGUGUUGAUGACAUUCUCCAACCUAAUGGCCUCACUCACAUUUCAGAGGCAGCCGUGGUGGUCUCGUUUGCUGCAUAAGUUUAUUACAUAUUCCGGCCAAGAGCUAUCCAUCACCUCAGAUUAGAUACAACAAAAUGGUGCAUCUCACCCUUGGCCAUCAGAAAUGACGUCGAUGUUAUAUUUUUUUCAGAGUUGAUAUCAAACCUUCUUUGUGUACUGCAAAGACUAUUUAGUUUUCUGAGAUUUGUGAAUAUCCAGUUGUAACUUCUUAUUUAUCAUUUUACAAUCUGUAGAUUAUAUUAUUGUUCCUUAA